AUGAUGGCUUAUUUCUGGGUCUCUAUUGUCCUAUUAAUUCCACGGGCUCUAGCAGUCCUUACUGAAUCCAUAGCAAGUUCUGCUACAGUCACUACCUCUACUGCCGCGGCACCAAGCUGUACAUCCUCCCUCAUCGCCAGUCUCUGCAGCUACUCGAAACCGGGCCCAAACUUUGCCGUCGCCAGCGACAGUAGGGCCUCCUGCUGGGACUACUGUAAUGCCCACCCUCCCUGCAACUUUGUUAUCUUCGUUGCCGGCAACCCUUACACGGGCACCGGCACGUGCUGGUUGUACCCUGGUGAAACGUUCGAUGCGAGUAAAGGUAGUUCGGAUUGUGCCAAUCCCAGCCUGUUCGCCUACAGCCAGCCCGUGUGUGCUGGCGGGAGCGCAACCACCACUGCUGGCGCCUGCGCCGCCACCGCGACCCCCUCUGCUAUUGCCUCGGUCUGCGGGUACCCGGCGCCUGGUGACUGCUUUAACGAUUGCAUUGCUAGUACGGGUGCAUCGAGCUGCUUGAGUCAAUGUGCAGAGGCCGAUUCCUGCAGCUAUGUCGUCUUUAAUCCGCAUAAUCCAAGCAACUCGCCGUAUGCCCCGGGCAAUUGCUGGAUCUUUCCGAACGGCACAUUUAACGCUGGGUCUGUGACCACUUGUAGUGGCGCCCCUGAGCAGUUUGUGUAUAACAACUUGUGUCCCAAGCCAUCGUCCUCGCUUUUAUCAUCUGCUACGGAACGCUCUAGUGGCAACGGAACUGCAUCGACAACUCCGGACUCCACUACUAGCGCCGGCACGGGCUCUAAUGGCACUGAAACCGCAGUUAAUACUACGGGCUCAACUACUACCAGUGAGAAUUCUGCGCCUGUCGGCCUCUCGCCUACUAAUGCAUUAACUGUAUGCAUGGCUAUAUUCAUAUGGCAUGCCCUUUAG